AUGGAGCUGGAAGGCGAAGAUGGUUCGAAGUUCCGUCUGGAAAGUGGCGAGAAAGCAUUGUUCGGACGAGGUUGUGGUUUUAACACCGACGACCACACUGUCUCCCGUCGUCACGUUUCAUUCCAACUCAACCACUCCGACUCCGACUCAGAGCCUCCUAGGGUUUCGUUCCAAGUCAUCGGCACAAACCCCAUUUGGGUUUUGAACAACACCGACAAAACGCUUAACCUCUUCAAGAAGUUCGAUAAGGGUCACUUGGAACUCGGAGACCGUUUCUGCUUGUCCGGGAAAACACCCAUUUGGUUCAAACUCAACAUACCUCACAUUCAUAUUUCCCAAAUUGACCCUGUUAAAGAGUUUGGCUUUCUUGUGAUGAGACAUGAGUUUGACCGGUAUCCAAAGGGCAUGAUCCUGGACGUGGAGAAUUGGAACUGGUUUCUCGAUGAGCCUAGCAAAGAAAGCGAGGAUGAGGAUGAAGAUGAUUUUGAGGGGAAGAGGAAAACAAAGGGGAAGCGAAAAGUAUUUAAAGACAAUGAGGAUGACGAGUGGACCGGUGAUAGUGAAGAUGAUAAAGACCUUGUUGCUGAGACGGGGAAAGGUAAGAAACCUCUCUACUCCACAAGGUCUAGAGACAAAGGAGGAGCUAAAAGAAAGAAAACAUCUACUGUCAACAAAACUGUUGAAGAAGAUGAAGAAGAUGAUGAUGAAGUCGACGAUGAUGAUGAUGAUGAGGAUGAGACGCUUGGAGGUUUCAUUGUUACUGAUGAAGAAGACGGCGAGGAGGAACAGGACAAUGACGAAGAUGAGGAGGAGGAGGAGGAGGAGGAAGAGGAAGAGGAGUUUGAAGAAGAAGAUGAUGACGAUUGA